GCGGAAGCUGCUUUUAUUGGGCAAAUGGUUACCAUGGCGGAGGAAAUAGAUGUAAAUUACUGUGUCACUAAUAGUUUAAAGCUCCACCCUGCUGUUACGCUACAGCUCGGACAUUGGAAUGAAUUGAUAGGUAAUAUACCCAAAAAGGACAGAUGAAUGCUGAGGCAUUAAGAGGAUUAAGAGAACUGUUAGUGACAACAUUUAAUACAUGGCUUUAGCUUACAGAUGUUGGGUUCCUAGUAGAAAUUCUGCCCAUCUGAGGCUAAAAGCCUUGCAAAGUGUUCUGAUGAAAUUAUGCCCCCAUGCCCACCACUUGAAGGUCGGUUCUGUAAAGCCCUUCCGCUCAAAUUAAUGGGAGAACGUUAUCAAAGGGACAUGGAUGUCGCCUGGCAAGAAUUCCUUUCCAUUGCUGAACUACAGGGUCUCGAUGCACAGAAUAACUCUCCAUAUGAUGCCGUUGGUUGCGGAACAUCUGCCAUGCCCAGCUCAGACUAUGGACCUUGCCAGUACACAGAAGGUGUAGCACAAAGUUUAAACCACAAUAUUCAGGCUUAUGAUCACCUUUACAUGGACACAGAUGCUUCCCAAGAUCAACACGUCCACCCUUUGCCUUUGGCUCCUGCAUUUGGCCCUACUGCCUACACAGGCAUGCUCAUUUCAUCUAGCAUAAAUCAGAUGGGGAUAACAGGGCAUUACCCCCCUAAGAAUCUACCUGUGAAUGGACUCUUCACGGCACACACAUUGCCUGAUGUUGGUUUGCCCAGCACAAACUCUGUACGCCAACUUUGCAAGGGCCAAGAUGACAUUGAAUCAGACUCAGGCCUCUCACUGAAUUUUAGUGAUGGGGAAUCCAUUGAACUGGAAAACAUUGAAUCGCAAAGAUUGCAGGUGGAAUACAUGGAAAUGCUUCCUACAAUGGGCGGCCAAGACCAGUAUGGCAUAGUACAGCAUCUAAUGCAUAAUAUAACCGAUCCCCAUCAGUAUAGUGCAUUGCAAAGUGAAGAACUGGUGUGUAGCCGAGAUGAAAGACGGGCAGCUGCCAUGAAUAUUCCUUUUCCCACUGAAAGGAUUGUGAAUUUGCCAGUAGAAGACUUCAAUGAGCUUCUCUCCAGAUACACACUGACUGAUACCCAGCUGGCUUUGGUCAGAGAUAUCAGGAGAAGAGGCAAAAAUAAAGUAGCUGCUCAGAACUGCAGAAAACGCAAAAUGGAAAAUAUAGCCAUCCUAGAGAGGGAAAUAGGGCAGCUGCAGACAGAACGUGAAGGCCUAAGACAGGAGCAAGAACAAGUGGGAAGGGUAAUGGAAGACCUGAAAAGGAAACUUGACGGUCUUCAGCAAGAGGUUCUCAGUGUUUUAAGAGAGAAAGGCAGCCCCCAUUAUCAUCUGGAAGACUUCAUGGAAAACUAGACCGGACGCUGUAGGGCUCCCUGUGCCCCAAAUGAGAGAGAGAUCUGGUUGAUAAGGCAGGAGACUUAUAGCUAAUAGAUACAAAAAGAAUGGCAAGCAACCUGGAACACAAGCAGUGGCUCCCGCUGUGCAAAGGGACCAUGGGAAAAUAUAUCAUCUAAAUGCCAAAGUCACUUUUUGCUGCAACAGUGCACAACUCAGGACAUACCGGUAGCUAAUGCAAAACAUAGUAACAUCUUUGGAUAUCUUAAUGUGAACUGUAGAAAAGAGGAGUUGUGCACAGUCAUUUUAAUCUGUAUCAUUCACUGCACACUAUACAUGCGUAUUUUGUUUUUUAGCUUUAAUUCUGUAAUUCUUCCUUUUUAUUAAUGGUGUUCAUCUCCCAUAAGGAAGGCACAGAUAUUUGCACACUCAGAGAACCUUUCCUUUUUUUACAUUUAUACAUGAGUGGGGUUUGUCUUUGCCUGAAGCACACUGGGGCUGAUUUACCUGUGCAGUUCCCAUUAGAAACCAAUCAGAUCUUUGCUAUAAUUUUAAAACCUACCACUGAUUGGUUGCUAUUGGUAACUGCCCUAUGCAGUUUAGCACCUAAGCUAGUGAAUUGGCUAGUGUACAUAAAAAGCUUGGGCAUUUCUAUUGCUAUCUACUGAGCUAAAGCAAUCAGUAUGACUUCUAAUACUCACCAUUUGGACAGUAUGCACACAGACAAGGAAUGGCAUGCAUAAAGCUAUGUUCUUUCAUAAAUGGAAGGUAUUUUAAGGAUUAAAACACAACCCUAACAAUCAGAGGUAUCUUGCUUCCUUUAAGGUCUGAGACUUUGAGUCAGUCUGGCUGAAAAACACAAGGACCUAUGUACAUCACCCAAGGCCAGCUCACAGUAUAUGAGCAGAUUUGCUAAAGCUUGAACUCUACACCAUAUUUUAUAUUAACCGGUAUAAAAUUAUGUUUUGCAUUACAGUGUUGUUGCUAAUUUCUAAUUAGUAUAACUAGAUAAUUACCCAGAUAUUUUCCACUUUACCAACACUUAAAUCAUCCUAAUGAAUGGAGAGUGUUUUUGUAGUCCUUAAUUACCUUUAACAGAAAAUGGUAGCACUAUCUGAAUAAUGGCACGUAGGCAAUUUAUGGGGGGACUUUUCAAGUGUCCACCUAAAAUUGAGCCUAAGGCAAUAAUCACUUACAGGUGCCAUAUUGAUAGCAAAUGGUCUGCACGUUUUUAUAACAGUUCUUCAGAUUUGAGAGUGAAGAGUCUACAUUACAGGUUCUCCACCAGUGACCAAUACAAGUACAGUAAAGUGAUCCGUUAUCUGGAAAGGUGUUAUCCAGAAAGCUCCAAUUAUGGAGUGGGCAUCUCCCAUAGACUCCAUAUUAAUCAAAUAAUUACAUUUUUCAAAAAUGAUUUCCUUUUUCUCUGUAAUAAUAAAAUAGCACCUUGUACCUGAUGGUAACUAAGCUGCAUGACCCUGUAUAGGAGGCAAAACAAUCCUAUUGGGUUUAAUUCAUGUUUAAAUGAUUUUUAAGAGACUAAAGGUAUGAAGAUCCAAACUAUGGAAAAAACCGUUAGCGGAAAACCCCAGCUCAAUUCCAUACCUGUAUUAGAUUUUGAAACAAUAGAUUUAUAUUGAUGGCCACAAAUUUCCCAUGUGUGGCAUUGCAGGGGCACGAGGGUUAAUCUACUCUACUCAUCACUAGAUUUUUUGGUUUAUUAGGGAAGGUGCAGUAACACCCUGGGCCAUAUAGGGAUCCGAGGGCCUAUGCCUAGGGCAGAAGCCCUCGGAUGCUGAAAUAAUCAAUAAAGUUUUAAAAAAUCUUCUGCCGUCUGGGGGGUGUACUUAGGUCCAUUGUGUAGGGUGGCACCGGACCUAAAUACUUCCCUGGUAUCACCCAGCCUUGUGUUUCCUUUAAAGCCCUUUUCUUACCUCUGCAGUUUUACAUCUGUAUUUAAAAUAUAUUAAAGCUCUUAAAAGCCA